AUGGCGACGAGGUUGAGGAAGGGUAGCAGAGUGGAGGUCAUGUUCCAAGACGCCGACGAUCGCCCCAUGCCGCCGUAUUCAUGGCGCCGCGGCGAUCUCCUCUCUUUCAAUUCGUGCCAGUUCAUUGUUCGCCUCGAUGACCCCCAGGUGCCGGUGCAGUGCGUCCCCAGGGACUGCAUCCGCCCCCUCGCUCCUCCCUUUGUCGGCCGUUUCCCGUGGAAAGUAGGCAACGUGGUCGAGGUCUUGGAGGACUACGCGUGGUGGCCGGCUAUAGUCGUCGGUGUGGAUGUGCAUCGUCGGAUCUUCAGCGUUUGCCUAUGGAACUCGGGGAGGGAGAUUCAAGUUCGCUCGUUCAAUCUCCGACAGAGGAAGCAAUGGAUUCACAAACAAUGGUCGCUCGUCGAUAAGUUUGAGAAGCAUGAAUAUCGAUCGGAAGCGGAGGAAGAAUUUCCUUUCAGUGGUGGAGACAGAGCUCCGUCGUGCGCCGCCGCCGAUACAGAGUCCUGCAACGUGGUCGCCCGGAAGAGGAGGAGUCCGACCCAAAGAGAGGAGGAGGAGCUACGCCAACGCCGGAACCGACGCCGAGUCAAUUUCCGGGUUCCCGCUCCGUCUUCUUCGACGUCUUCUGUCGAUAGUUCUCCUUAUCCUAAUUAG